UUCUCCUCCCUCCCUCCCUUCGUCUCCUUCUUCUUCUUCUUCUUCGUCUUCCUCAGAUCCCACAAAACCCAACUCUACAUCCAUUUCCCAUCGUUUCUCCCCUGAAACUAACCUCCUCCCAUGUCGAAUCCUGAUGGAGCUGGUAACGCCGUCUCCAACGGUGCCAUGAUCGAUCGCCACCGUCAGAAUUCGACGUCGGCGGGUAACGGAGCUCUCGCCGUUAAGAAGCCUCCGUCAAAGGAUCGUCAUAGCAAGGUCGAUGGUAGAGGGAGGAGGAUUAGGAUGCCCAUUAUUUGCGCUGCUCGGGUUUUUCAACUCACCCGAGAGCUCGGUCACAAGUCCGAUGGUCAGACCAUCGAGUGGCUCCUCCGUCAGGCCGAGCCUUCCAUCAUAGCCGCCACCGGGACCGGCACCACUCCGGCUAGCUUCUCCACUGCCUCCGUCUCCGUCCGCGGCGGCGGCAACUCCACGUCGCUAUCUUCGUUCUCGUCUCUCGACCAUAAACCCUUGUCGGGUCCCGCUCCGUUCAUACUCGGAAAGCGUGUGAGAGCCGAGGAAGAUUCCGGCGGCGGAGGUAAGGACGACGGAGGAGUUACGUCGGUAGGACACACAAUGGGUUCGUUCGUGGGCUCAGCUUCACCGGCUGGGUUCUGGGCAGUGCCAGCUCGGCCGGAUUUCGGACAGUUUUGGAGCUUCGCCGCGGCGGCGGGAGCUCCGCCUGAGAUGGUGUUACAGUCGGCGUCCAUAACGCAGCAAACGGCUGCGCUCUUCGUCCACCAGCAACAGCAGGCUGCCGCCGCCAUGGGAGAGGCCUCGGCGGCAAGAGUCGGGAACUAUCUCCCGGGUCAUCUCAACUUGUUAGCCUCUUUGUCAGGUGGUACCGCCGGGUCAAAUCGGAGAGAGGAUGACCCGCGUUGAUUUUGGACCAGGGCUCGACCAAAAAGGUCUGGUCUUUACGCUCUAGUGGCCUCUCCAUUAAUCUAUAAGUUGCUUACAAGAAUAUGGUAUAUAGCUCUGUUUAUGCCAUCGUAUUCUUUGUGUUUCUUGUGAGUGUCUUGUGUGCUUUUGAGGCAAAAAAACAAGGGUACAUUUUUUUUUGUCGGUGUGGGAAUUAGUGUUAGGAGCCUUAAUUAGAUCCUCAGAAUCUGGGAAUUUGUAUGAAAGUGAGUGAAGGUAGCGUUGCUUUUCAUCUUUCUUUUUUUCUAAUUUAAUUAGCGUUUGUUCUGAUUAGGGUUUAGGGUUUUAGACCUUGGGAUCACGAUUUGUUUUGAGAGAGAGAGAGACAGAUUGAUCUUUGAUGGGUCUCAACAUGGAUCAACUUCAGGAGAUUGCUUGUCUUCCUCUCUCUCUUCUUCUUCUUCAUGCCGAAAAAGGGGGCAGUUUCAUCAAUUGCCGCCUGACGCAGAAACCGGGAAGCGGUUUCACGGUUUCCUUCGUCUGGUUUUCCGGCGAUUCGGCGCCGUAUGUUAUUGGGUUUGAACCUUCAUCAUCAACCGUCAAACCCCCAGAUUGUUCUUCAUAAUCGUGUUGUUGUUACAACUCAUGUGGUAACCAUUUGCGCAAGCUGUUAACCACUAUUAUCAAUAUAUAUACAUAUACAUAUAUAUAUCUCCGAGGUUUUUCAGCAAUUAA